AAGAAGCAUCCUCCAACCAGAACGUGGGUCCACAAACUCCUGCGCAAUACUCAAUCCAGCUCAAUCAGUACAGAUGGAAACUGAGCAGCUUUCUUUACAGGCCGAGGUUGAAGAGGUGAAGCAGACGUUCAUCUUACAAACUGCAGGUUUCGAUGCCCGAUUCCCUAAUACGAAUCAAACAAAACAUUGUUGGCAAGCUUAUGUUGAUUAUCACAAGUGCAAAAACCUCCAUGGGCCCGAGCACGAAGCUUCUCGCCAUUUCUACCGUACCUACAACUCUUUAUGUCCAAACCGCUGGAUCGCUCGUUGGGACGAGCAACGCGAGGCUGGUAAAUUCCCAGUCUCUUUGGACCCAUGA